AUGUGUACCCAGUACCGUCAAGUCAUAGCCCCGGCCGUGUUCCUGCUACUGGGAAUAGCAGGGAUUCUACUGGUCGUCAUCCCGAGUGACGACGUGAAGGAACCUCCACAAUUCAUGGUAAUAACGUUCGUUACCUUUUCUCAUGUUUACGGGCGCGAAAAUGAAUGUACUGAUCGUAUUUGCAUACACCUGUCGAUGAGUGGCUUGGCCAAUCAUUUCACGAAAUAGCCUAGAGAAAAUUAGAGGAAAAUAACGUUAGGUCUGAUGUGAUAACUGUUUUAUAGAAUCUUACUUAAUCAUUGCAGAGACUGAUCACUACACAUGUUGUUUAAUUAAAGCACCAGUUGGUGCCAAGCUGUUACAAAUAAUGUUGUUACUUUAUGUAGACUAUAUGCCUACAGCUGUAUUGUAGGACUUCACUUCAAGCUGAAAAGAUGUUGGUUAUAAUGUUAUUAUAAAGGCAUGCGAUAAUAGGGGCUAGGAAAACAUAGGCCUAUUUUGAAUAUUUUCGCAAACAACACAAGAUAUAAUAGCAUUUAGUUUACUAUAAUAUUUGUAAACAAUAUGCUUUGUGUUUUUGUACUAUGGGGUCACUCUGAGAAACCAGCCAGAGCUACAGUCCAACUGUUAUUCCAACGUUUUUAUCAGGGGUCCAUCCACCAACUUGCUAUUCCUCACAAUGUAAUCCGUGUUUUUAAAAUCCACUGUUUGAUUUGAAUGUGGGUUUAACGAUGCUUUCCCUCUUAACACAAAGGAGCAUGUGGAACUCCUAAAGUGGUGAUGAUAUGCAUUGCAGCAGGGAGUGCAUCACAAUUGCAAUUAAUAUCCAAGCUAUUGUUUGUCAUAUUUUUGCAGCACAUAGUCUCAAUUGAAGACUUACACUGAACAAAAGUAUAAAAGCAACAAUUUCAAAGAUGUUACUGAUAUACAGGCCCUAAUCUAUGGAUUUCACAUGACUGGGAAUACAGAUAUGCAUCGGUUGGGUCACAGAUACCUUUAAAAAAAGGUAGGGGUGUGGACCAGUCAGUAUCUGGUGUGACCACCAUUUGCCUCAUGCAGCACGACACAUCUCCUUCACAUAGAGUUGAUCAGGCUGUUGAUUGUGGCCUGUGAAAUGUUGUCCCAUUCCUCUUCAAUGGCUGUACGAAGUUGCUGGAUAUUGGCGGACACUGGAACACGCUGUUGUACACAGGAACAAGAAGACGCUAGAUGAAACACGAUGCCAUACACGCCCAAACAUGCUCAAUGGGUGGCAUGUCUCAUGAGUAUGUAUGCCAUGGAAGAACUGGGAAAUGUUCAGCUUUCAGGAAUUGUUUACAGAUUCUUGCGACAUGGGGCCGUGCAUUAUCAUGCUGAAAGAUGAGGAUCUCGUCACGGUAUCUGUGCAUUCAAAUUGCCAUAGAUAAAAUGCAAUUCUGUUCGUUGUCCGUCGCUUAAGCCUGCCCAUACCAAAACCCACCCGCCACCAUGGGGCACUCUGUUCACAACGUUGACAUCAGCAAACCGCUUGCCCACACGACGCCAUACACGCUGUCUGCCAUCUGCCCGGUACAGUUGAAACCGGGAUUCAUUCAUGAAGAGCACACUUCUCCAGCUUGCCAGUGGCCAUCGAAGGUGAGCAUUUUCCCACUGAAGUCGGUUACGAUGCCGAACUGCAGUCAUGUCAAGACCCUGGUGAGGAUGACGAGCACGCAGAUGAGCUUCCCUGAGACAGUUUGUGCAGAAAUUCUUCGGUUGUGCAAACCCACAGUUUCAUCAGCUGUCCAGGUGGCUGGUCCUGAAGUCAGCAUGCCCAUAUUGCACGCUCCCUCAAAACUUGAGACAUCUGUGGCAUUGUGUUGUGCGACAAAAUUGCACAUUUUAGAGUGGCCUUUUAUUGUCCCCAGCACAAGGUGCACCUGUGUAAUGAUCAUGCUGUUUAAUCAGCUUCUUGAUAUGCCACACCUGUCAGGUGGAUUAAUUAUCUUGGCAAAGCAGAAAUGAUCACUAAUAGGGAUGUAAAGAAAUUUGUGCACAGAAUUUGAGAGAAAUAAGGUUUUUGUGCAUAUGGAACAUUUCUGGGAUAUUUUAUUUCAACUCAUGAAACAUGGGACCAACAGUUUACAUGUUGUGUUUAUAUUUUUGUUCAGUGUAUUUUAUGCUCCAUUCAGUAGAAUACGGUUCAUUCUUGGAAUCUGUAGAAACAAUGCUCUCUAAAGCAUCCCGGACCGGUUAUGUAUAUUUCCCAUUACAAAGACAAUACAAUAAACCACAAAUGCAGUAUUAUUUAUACUAUGGAUGUGCAUAAUGUGGAGUUAAAAAGUUAGAUUAAAUUUAACAUGUAAUUAUACAUGAAGACAUGUCAGAGACAGGCUGUCACGCUCGUUGAGAGACGGGUCAGACCAAGGUGCAGCAUGGUAUGCGAACAUGUUUAUUUAACUCAAAUAAACAUACAACUAAACAACGUAACGUGAGGUCCUCAGACUAAACACAUACAAGCCUAACACGGAACAAGAUCCCACAACUAAGGUAGGCAAACAGGCUACUUAAGUAUGAUCCCCAAUCAGAGACAACGAGCGACAGCUGUCUCUGAUUGGGAAUCACACCCGGCCAAACAUAGAAAUACAAUACCUAGAACAUAAACAUAGAAUUUCUAGCAUAGAUUCUCAUGCCCUGACCAAACCAACUAAAGACGACCGGCCUCUCAAGGCCAGGGCGUGACACAGGCAGAUAGUGAAACUUGGAUAUGAGUGAAACCAGCAUUUCUGCAAUUUGGCAGUGCAAUGCCCCUUGCCUGCACACUUGUUCAGAUACAGACAUGCUGUGCCUCUGACAUGCACUAUCUUGCCUAAUAAACCCAACCUCAGAGCACUCACUGGAAAGCAUUUUUUAAACCAACUUCAAAAGGGAAGCAUAAAAGGAAGGGAUGAAAGACAAGAAAAUAAAGGGUGAAAAUAUAGAGAGAAUAAAGGAUAGCCAUGCCUCUUUUAUUCAGCAAAUGUUCUAUUGUCCCUUUUGGUUACUUUUAUCCUUUCUUUCUUUCUGUCCUCAUCAGUUACUAUGGUGACCUUUUGUGGCCAUAUUGUAUUAACGAGAAAAACAUUUUGAAGGACCAGAUGUUGGUCAGCGAUACUUACACUUUGCUGUGGGAACCUUUCACUGUGCAGGGGAAAUAACACAAAAAUAGAAAAUAAAAGCACUGAAAUGUCAACACGUGUAAGACAUACAAUAAAUAAAAAAGUAGUGUAGUAUUGUCAGGCAAAUUCUGAAACGUGUGUUGCUUAUGUCUAUUUUGCCUGUGUCUCUGACAUUUCCAACCGUUCUGUCUGUUUCAGUAUGGAGUAGUCCUGGAUGCUGGCUCGUCCCACACUGCCAUGUACAUCUACAAGUGGCCAGCUGAUAAACAAAAUGGCACUGGCAUUGUCACUCAGCACAGCGAGUGUCAUGUUAAGGGUAAGAGGGCAUAGAGAGCUUUUGCUGCUACACAAUUAGGUAUCAACCCCAAACACACCCACUAAAUCUGAAGAACUGAAGAGAUUGGAUAAGUUGAUAUGACACACACAAAAUCCACCUCGCCUAUUUCAGGGAAAGUUGGAGCUAUUACCAUAUUUCGCAUAACUAUCCAUUCCAAAUCUACAUGAAAUGCCUAGGGUAAGGGCUAGUAGUGGAUUUAGAAUUGAGUAGUGUCUAUCAGAGCCAGACAGGCUGGCACUCAUCCAGUGUUUGAGUGUUCUGGAAACUUCCACUUCAAUUGUUCUCCAAUGGAGAACUCAGUCUGUUUCCCUGAGGAAUGACCGGUCAGAGACAUUCAUAUUACAGAAGUGACCUUUCACUAAUUAUUUUUGCGUAAUUCUGUUUCUUAACUGAGUGGUCAGGUUCCUGUUCUUAUGCCAUGUACGCUGGUUGCCCUCUACAUUUCUUCCUCUAUAACUUAAGUUUGGUUUCAGUUGAGCAGGUUACCAUAGAAACACUUGUGAAAUUGUAUUCCAUCCAUUCAGAUACACGUUCUCUUACAUGAAAGAAAAAAGGUUAGGCACAAGUCAAAAUUGGCAGAAAUCACGUGCACUUAUUUUCUGAUUUCUAUUCUACUCUAUUAUUUUCUGUUGUAUAUCUACCCAGGAGGAGGGGUAUCCAGCUAUGCAGGUGAGCGAGGGGGUGCAGGGCGCAGUCUGCAACCCUGUCUGGAACAGGCUUUGAAAGACAUCCCCAAAUCCAGACACCGCCUCACCCCAGUGUAUCUGGGAGCCACAGCGGGUAUGAGGCUUCUGAAGUGAGUGGGCAAAACACCAUUAAAUGUACUUUCAGAUCAGAUACACACAGUGGCGAUUUUAGCAUGACUAAAACAAUGUAGGAUGCAUGCCAGCAAAGCCACAACACUAAACAAUACAUUACUUACACUAUAACGGUGCCCACAAACUGUUAGGGCCUACAUAAAGCUGUCCCAACACCUUAGCACUGCUACACCUGGCUAUCAGCGGAGCCUUGUCUGGCAGCGAAACAGUUCAUUCAGCCUCAUUUACUGCCUAUUAAAAAAACAUAGCUGAUAAGGCUGACUUGCUUAAACAAAUGUGGUUUCUACUGACAAUUCAGAUGUACAAACUAUGGCAUAAGGGGACGACGAGCGGAUAAGAGGCAAUCCGUAAUUUCGAUUAAGACAUUAAUGAGCGAGCUAGGACGGACGUAGUCAAUAUAACUAUUUGUUCAGCACUUUUGAAAUGUACAGCGACAGAAUUCAGAACAUGGGCCAUUCUUACAGUGUUCUCUCUGUACACCAAGUCAGAACCGUAUGAUAAAUAAAUGGGGUAUAUAAGCAGACAAUGAAAGCUCUUACAAUAUUAAAAUGAUUACAUUUCUCUAAAACAGGUUAUAGGCUACAUGUGCACCACCAAGUCAGAACACUAGGCAAAAUUAACAGGGGAAAAUAGGGUGAGGCACAUGGGCUACUAACAGCUUACUACACAACAUACACUUAGUAUUACUUUCUUAGCUACAGUAUACAUACCUCCCUGGCAUAUUACAUCAUUUAUGCAGCGGCAUACAGGACAUUUUUGGACUCACCUUGUUGUGCUGUGCUCACUUGAACAGGAAGGUGGCGCGGCGGUCCUUCGUGGGCAGAUUUUGUCAUCAAACUUUGUCAUCAAAGUCUGGCAUUCUCUGGAUUUAUGGUGCUUUCAAGAUAACUGGGAACUCUGAAAAAAAACAAGGUUGAAUCAUGAUGACGUCAGUGAUCUUCAGGUCGUAGCUCUAGAAAGAGGCCCAAGUUCCCGAUUUACAAUUCCGAGUUGGAUGACUGUUCAAAACGUAUUUUCCCCAGUCUGAGCUAGUUUUUCCUGAGUUCCCAUUUGUCUUGAACACACUGAAUUCAGAUUUCGCAGUUCCAAGUUAACAGUUGUUUUGAGCGCGGCACAAAUCAUGCUUCAUUGACAGCAUGGCCAAUGUUGAAUGUUUAUCAUUUUAACCUUGGAAAAGAGACCCUUAAUCCCAGACUUGGGACCACACAGCCACUCCACUGAAUAGCAGGCUAGUGAUUGCUUUGCAAUGCUUGCAGUUAGCCACUGAUACCUUCCAAACCACUCAUUGUUGAAUUUGCGAUUUCCAACUUGUUGUGUAAUGUUUGUGUCCAAUGGCCGAUGAGCACCGAUUUGUUUUAUCUAUAAUUUCUCUUCAUUAUUUCUCUUCAUAUGACAAGGAUUAAAAAGGAUUUGCCAGUAGAUUGUGGACUUGAUUCAUGAUGAUGACUGCUAGCUAAGAUUUUGAAAGUAUGAUGUUGACAUGAUCAGUCCAAUCAAAGCUACUGUAGAUAUAACAUGAUUUGACGUCAUUUUAUCUGUGGACAAUGACCUUGAGCCUUCUUGGAUGGGCACUUCUAAUGUAACUCUAUGGCAGCACCCAAGGGGCUUGAAUUUUCGAGCUCUACCCUUAGACUUGGCGGUGACUAGUGUCCCCAUGAAUGACAGAACACUGAACCAAUCACGGCGCAACUAGAGAACAUUACCAACACCUACGCUCCGUAUUUUCCGCUGGCUGCCCCACCACCACAGAAAGCACUGAGCUAGGCUGAAACACCUGCAUUUUGGAGCUGCCUUACUCAAGAAAGCGGCUUUAUGAAUUCAAUGAUUUAUUUUUUUACAUUGUUUGCAAACUGAAAUGUGACACGUAUUAAUGCCAAAUUAACAUGCAAAAUAGGCAAGCCCCCAAAAAAAGAAAUGUGGGGCUCAAGACAGAUGGGACUCUGCCCCACCUGCCCUGAAUGACAGGUCGCCACUGGAUACACAGUAUAAUAGCAUCUUCCAUUCAUGGAUAAUGUGAGCUAUCACAUUAGAAUGAUUAAUGAAUGGCUUUAUACUUACUUGGAUAAUGACAACAUUUUGAUAGAAAUUAUUGUCUAGUUCUGUCCCUAUUUCCUCUCUCUUUCCCACAGUAUAUCCAACCCCACAGAGUCAGAGAAGAUACUGAAGGAACUAGGCAGCAAGCUGCAUACUUAUCCUUUCGACUUCAGAGGAGCGACCAUCUUGAGUGGACAGGAGGAGGGGGCAUAUGGCUGGGUCACUGUCAACUACCUGUUAGAGAACUUUAUCAAGGUGAAGUUUCAGAGUCCGCAUCAGAGCCAUUCAAGAACACUUAGGAAUGAAUGUUAAGCAGUGUUGGCAAUGUUGAGGAAUGAUGAAUAGGAAACAUUGGUUUGUUUUCAUUGUUUCUCAAGACCAACUGGCUCUCAUUUAAUUUCCUUCUCAUUCUUUAUUUUGUCACUUAGUAUGGCUUUGUGGGGCAUUGGCUUAGUCCUGGCAGAGACACAGUGGGUGCUCUGGACUUCGGAGGCGCCUCCACUCAGAUUACCUUCGAGACCGCAGACAUGGUGGAGGACAAGAGUAACGUCAUGGAGCUGCAUCUUUACGGUAGAGACUACCACCUAUACACACAGAGCUUCCUGUGCUACGGCAGGGACCAGGUCUUACGCAGACUGCUGGCUCACUUGGUCAAGGUAACAAACAUUCUCCUAAAAUACAGUAGCAUUACAAACACAGAAUGAUUGAGUACAUCACAAACCAAAGUGCAUAAUGAUUGUAAAAACAUAGAACAAUGUUAGGCUCAAAUACGGGAUAUCACAGGAGGUUGGUGGCACCUUAAUUGGGGAGUACGGGCUCGUUGUAAUGGCUGGAGUGGAAUUAGUGUAAUGGUAUCAAAUACAUCAAAUACAUGGUUUCCAUGUGUUUGAUGCCAUUAUAUUCGCUCCGUUCCAGCCAUUAUUCUGAGCCGUCCUCCCCUCAGCAGCCUCCACUGCAGGCAGCUUAUAGCCAUUUAUCAUGAGGAUAUGGCUACAGAGGUAUGCCUUUUGUCUCCUCUGUCUCUCAGACUCAAGGCACUGGGCCCCAUGUAUCACACCCCUGCUAUCCAGCAGGUUUCAAUGUCUCCAUGAAGCUGGACAAGGUGUUUGACUCCCCAUGCACGGCAGACCAAAGGCCCACUCCCUACAGCCCCCAGGACCCCCUGACAGUGAUUGGCACUGGGCAUUACCAGCACUGCCUGGGCAACAUGUCCAAGAUUUUCUCCUUUGACAGGUGCUCUUUUUCCAAGUGCUCCUUUGAUGGAGUCUUUCAGCCCAACGUCACUGGCAGCUUCAUGGUGAGGAGGAUCCCCUGCAUGGAACGCACUUUAGGAUCAAUCAUAGGAUCAAUCUAUGGUUCACUGUUUCUCACAAUAGAUCCCAUUUUCUUUCAAAUGUACACGGUAUCCUAGUAUUUAGUUACAGUAUGUACUUUGGUACAAGCUAUUUAACAAUAACAUUGAUUGAUUUCCUUUCAGGCAAGUAUCUAUUUGCAGACAUUUGGUCAGAACAAUAGGGUUUUGUUCUGUUUUCAUUCAUAGGCUAUGUCACUAUGCCAUCGCAUACAGACGACAAUCCCACAGCCUCAUGAGAUUAAUUAGACAGGCUAAUCCUCUGGGUAUUGCUCUGAUCUCAAGGGGCUGAUUGUAUCUUCCUCUCCUCAGGCCUUCUCUGCCUUCUUCUACACUCAUGUCUUCCUGCAGAGCACCACUGGCAUCACUGUAACAUCCCCCACUCUACUGGAGGGAGCCACCCGCACUGUCUGCAACAUGAGCUAUCAGGAAGUACUGUACUGAACUGCUGGGCUCAGCUGACUGACUCAGGCUAUUCUUAGACAAUGUAUCUAUGUAAUAUACUUUAGUUGCAAACAAUGGUUUUCUUGCUCUAAAGCGCAUUCUCUUAUUUUCACAUUUUCGCAGUACACUUAGGGAAAAAAAGGUGCUAUCUAGAACCUAAAAGGGUUAUUCGGCUGUCCCCGUGGGGAAAACUUUGAAGAACCUUGGUUCCAGGUGAAACGCUUUAGGUUCCAGAUAGAGGCCUUUUAGGUUCCAGGUAGAACCCUUUCCACAGAGGGUUUUACAUGGAACCAAAAGGGUUCCUCCUGGAACCAAAAAGGGUCCUACCUGGAACCAAAAAGGGUUAUCCUAUGGGGACAGCCGAAGAACCCUUUUGGAGACCUUUUUUUCUAAGAGUGUACAGUGAAUCUCAUAUUACAGCAACUGAGUAAAAUAACAUUAGAGGGUGGAUGUUCUCACGAAUGUUGAAUGCUGGGAAGAAUAUAUCUACUUAGGCUGUGAGAGUGAGCCUUAAUUACGUUCCCUGGAGGGUAGCAGGCACUGCACAGGAUUAUAAUCUGAGUGAAAGGAGAUCUGAUCUAAUAAUCAGGGAAUUUUAUUCCAUUGCUAGCAUUUUGGAUGCUUUCUGAGCACUUGGUGUUGCUUUAUUUGUUUUUUUAAACUAGGUUUGCUGUUCACUUGCGCUAUAUGAGAUGGAAGGGAGUUCCAUGCAAUCAUGGCUCUAUAUAAUACUGUACAUUUAAUUGAAUUUGUUCUGUCUGGAAUGGAAUCAAUGGAAACAAUGUGUUUGACUCCGUUCCAUAGACCCCUUUCCAGCCAUUGCAAUGAGCCCGUCCUCUUAUAGCUCCUCCCACCAGAAAAGUGAACAACAGAGGAAUACUAAGAAUUCUGAGAAAUUAACAUUGUCAUAUUUUUCUAACCCCCCCUCCACAUAAACAGAUGCUAGAGAAGGCCCCAGACCAGAAGGGUCGUCUACAGGAUUACUGUGCAGCCUCUGUCUUUAUCCAGGUCCUCAUGCUCCAAGGCUAUGGCUUUGAUGAGCUCUCCUUCCCUCGGAUCUCUUUUCAGAGAAAGGUGAGCAGCAAAGUAAACCUUAUGAAUGUUUGACUCUAUUUCAAUGCAAUAAAAGCUAUUUCCAUAUAGCUUUUUCAUGUACCCCUUGACUACUGUAUAUACUUAGGAGUUCAGUAAUGGUUUGUUUUUCUUGUUUUGUGCAGGCAGGAGACACCUCUAUUGGCUGGGCGCUGGGUUACAUGUUGAGUCUGAGCAGUCUGUUGCCAGGGGAGAGCAUGGGACUGAGGAAGGCUCUGCGGCCCGAGGCCUGGGCUGGUCUCAUCUUCCUCUUUAUCUUCCUUAUCCUCAUUGUGUCUGGAUAUCUUCUACUGAAGACCUGCCAAAAGAAGAAGGGCAGUGAUGGCAUCAUCUAAGAAUGUCUUCAUGGCACCAUUUGGUUACUGUUCUCCCCAGUCAGAAUCAUGCACUUAUCAGUCCCAUAAUUUCAAUCAUUCCAAUGUCACAUAUUUUAGAGGAGGCUACAGGAGAAAAGUAUAUCCACAUUUAUGUCUGCAGCAUUGAAGGUCCC